AUGGGAGAGGUGUCCGGCACUACGAAGCCGACCAGGGGAGACACUCAAGACACUGAUGCAGGCCUGAAAGUCUUGCAAAACAAUGCGCUUCUACUCUACUCUGCUUUGGGAGCGCCCAGGGCGGGUUUGUGGGGCACAAAGGUUGCAGAGGAGGUUGAAGGAAGGAGCCCAGACCAGAGGAACUCCUCACUCCCAGACCUGAUCGCAAACUUCCAUACCAAUAACCAGGGCAGAUCCGAGCCUAUGGUGGCAAAUCCUAUCAGCUCCCUCGGUGACGGCAAUUGA